AGCGCGGAGGGGCGGGGAGUGGCGGAGCGAGGGAGCCUGGGCCGCGGCCGGCGGCGCCGGGAGGAGGGGCGGCCCGGGCGCGCUGCGUGAGUCCGCGCCGGCCGCUCCGAGCGCUCCGGGCCGGGUUCCCGAGGCCCCGCCACGCCGCCCGGGCCUGGCCUCCUGCGUUUCCUUUGGAUUCCCUGCCUCUCUUUAUUCGGACUGGAACGCCGGGCCAGGCUGCGAAGCGCGCCGCUGCGGCAGCGGCACCCCGCGGGUCCCCCCGGCCGACCCCGACGCGGAGAUGGCACCGGCAGGGACCCAAGGAGUAAAAUGGGGCGAGGACACCGGAGCGGUCAGAGAGCCCACGCCAGCCGCGGGCCGGGCGUCCGAGAGAGGGCGCCGGGAGAGGAGAGGAAUCCGGGUCUGGGCGGAGGCCAGCAGCGGCGCGCUCGGGCGGUUUGUGACAUUAGCAGGUCCAAAGGAGACGUCCCGGUUCCGCGCAAGCACUAGGGACUGUCCAAGGAGCGGAAAGAACGAAAACAAAACUUUUACGCAUCUUCAAGGUGGGCAUACCCCUCUCAGGGGCACCCAGCCCCUAGUGUUGAGAUGGGCGCUGUAUAGGAUUGUGCACGUUUCCCGCAUUAAAGGUCGUGGCUACGGGCUCAAAGCGCGAGUCUGUGCACCACUUAGCAAAUAGGUUCACGCGAAUUGAAGGGGCCCCUUUCUGAAUGUGUGAAACAGUUACACGUACAAGUUGCAAUUCGAUGCUUUCAAAGGAGAAGUGCAAGUGAGAUGCGUGAUAAAUUCUUAGAUCAAUAUAUUUAAUGACAAAUUGAAUCAAAAGAAAAAUUAAUUGAAAAUAUCUUUUAUCUAACCAAGAGUAAAGAUUUGAGAACCAUUGACUGCCAAUAUCCCUAGGAUCUGGGGAGGAAAUCGAAGACAGACUUGAUCACUGAAGGUUUUGGGAGUCAUGUGGCUGGGCUUUCUAGUUGACAUGACAUAAUAUUCCUGCUUAAGUCUUUAAACCUAAAUCUUAUUUCCAAAUACAUCCUGAUGAUAAUUUCUUCCAUUGUAAGUCAUGACUGAUUUUCUUUUCUCUCUCUCCCUCUCUUUGUUUUUUAAGAGACAGGAUCUCACUAGGUUGCCCAGGCUGAUCUCAAACUCCUGGGCUCAAGUGAUCAUUUCACCCUGGCCUUUGCACUGGGACAACAGGCGUGAACCACUGUGCCCAGUCUUUACGUUCGUGAUCUUUAAUCGCCACCAUAACUAUUAGGUGGUAGAUGCUAUUACCUCCUUUUUUGUAGAUCAGUAACAUAAGGCUUAGAGGAUCAGGUAUCCUGCCCAGAUGCCUUUCCGAAGUGUUACAGAUGAAGCUGGUGUGGUAACCUGGGCUGAGCACUCUGGGAGAGGAAGAGAAAAGAACAACUGAGCUAUGACCAAUCCCAACCCGGAGGCCCAGACAACUUUAAAGAUUUGAGGAUUAACGUCUCAAAUUCAGGAGCAACCUCAAGUCUAAAACUCAGAUCUCAGGACUCAAUUUCAGAGAAGUUCCACUAUAAAGGCAUUAAUCCAAAGCUUUAAAUUAUAUGAAAAUUUUAUAACAGAGUUCAGUAUUUCUGCCAGCUUUGGCACGUGGAUUGCAAGGUCCACAGGAUUGAAAACACCAUCAACAUAAUGGAAAUUGAACAGCAUCUGAUUACUGAGUGCUUUAUCAGCAAGUUAAAACGAUCUUUUGCAUACCUUUUAAUGGUGUAUAUCCUAAAACUGAAACGUUCAAUAUAGACAUCCAGAUUGAAACUCAGCCAGUGAAUUACAUACACAACAAAUCAAUUGAACAUGGCAGACCUUUUCAGACUCAUGAAUGAUUAAAUAUAUUUUACACUUCCACAAGUGUGGUAUUCACAGGUCUAAAUUUGAAAAUUCUUGGGUUGAAGAAGAAUAAUCAUAAUCUGAGCUCUCUUUGAGGAAACAUUAUUCAGGGAUGAUAAGAGGUAAAAACCUUAAAUAUAUUGACAGGCUGAUGAGAGAACUUUGAGAUAAGCUGAUAUGCAGGUAUAGUUAGGACUGGGAAAAGCAAGAAGAUGGAAGGAUAGGUUAGAGGAUGGCACUAAAUGGCUGAUAGAGUUUGGAUAUCUGUCACCACCCAAAUCUCAUGGUAAGCUGGAAUCCCCAAUUCUGGAGGCAGGGCCUGGUGGAAAGUGUUUGGAACAUGGAGAAGGAUCCCUCAUGGCUUGGUGCUGUCUUCACAAUAAUGAAUGAGUUCUCCCAAGACCUAGUCAUCUAAAAGUGUGUGGCACCUCCCCUCCCCAACCUCUCUUGCUCCUACUCUGCCAUAUGAGAUGUCAGCUCCCCCUUUGCCUUCCAUCAUGAUCAGAAGCUUCCUUAGGCCUUGUCAGAAGCAUAUGAUGGUGCCAUGCUUCCUAUAUAGCCUGUAGUACCAUGAACCUCCUUGCUUUAUAAAUUACCUGGACUUCAAACCAAAAUCCUGAUAAUGAUGUGGACAGUGAAGUCCAGGCUGCUGAGGUCUCAGAUGGAAAUCAGGAGCUUACUGGGAACUAAAGCAAAGAUUACGCCUAUUAUGCCUUAGCAGAGAGCUUGGUUGAAUUCUGUACAUGCCCUAGGAAUCUGUGGAAGCUUGAACUUGAGAGUGCUGAUUUAGGAUACCCGGCAGAAAAAAUGUCUAAGCAGCAAAGUGUUCAAGAUAUGGUGUGGCUGCUUCUAACAACCUAUGCUCAGAUGUGGGAGCAAAGACAAAAGAUAGAACUUAUAUUGGAAAGGGAAGCAGAGCAAAAAAGUUUGGAAAAUUUGCAGCCUGGCCAUGUGGAAGAGAAAGAAAAAGCUUUUUGGAGAGUGGAAUUCAAGCAGGCUGUAGAGCAAUUAUUUGCCAGAGAUAUUUGCAUGAUUAAAAAGGAGCCAAGUGUUACUAUCCAAGACAAUAGGGAAAAAGCCUUGAAGGCAUUUCAAAGCAGUCCCUCCCAUCACAGGCCCAGAGGCCUAGGAGGAGAGAAUAGAUUCAUGGGCCAUGGCCCUGUUGCCUUGUGCAGCCUUGGGACACUGCUUACCACAUCCUGGCUGCUCCUGCUCCUGCUCCCACCCUCACUGUGGCUCAAAGGGACCUACAAACAGCUUGGACUGUUUGUAGUGGCAGUCCAAGCCACUUUGGAGAAUGCAAACAGUAAACCUUGGUAGUUUUCAUGUCAUGUUAAGCCUGCAGGCACACAAAGUGCAAGAGUGAUGGAUUCUUGGCAGCCUCUGCCUAGAUUUCAGAGGAUAUAUGGAAAAGUCUCUUUGUCCAGGCAGAAGCCUGUUACAGGGGCAGAGCCCUUACAAAGAACCUCUACUAGGGCAGUGCAGAGGGGAAAUGUGGAGUUGGAGGCUCCAACAGGGUCACUGCUGGGGUACUGCCUACUGGAACUAUAGAAAGUAGGCCACUACCCUUCAGACCCAAGGCUGAUAAAUCCAUCAGCAGCUUGUAUCCUACACCUGGAAAAACCUCAGGCACUCAACUGCAGCCUAUGAGGGCAGCCUUGGAGUCUUCACCCUGCAAAGCCAUUAGGGCAGGACUACCCAAGGCCUUGGGAGCCCACCCCUUGUACCAGUGUGGCCUGGAUGUGGGACAUGGUGUCAAAGAAGAUUAUUUUGGAACUUUAAGAUUUAGUGACAUCCCUCCUGGGUUUCGGACCUGUGUGGGGCCUGUAGCCUCUUUCUUCUGGCCAAGGUCCUCCUUUUGGAAUGGGAACGUUUACCCAAUGCCUAUACCCCCAUUGUAAACAAGUAAACAACUUGUUUUUUAUUUUACAGGCUUAUAGGUGAAAGGGGCUUCCCUUGUCUCAUGAGACUUCAGACUUUUGAGUUAAUGCUAGAAUGAGUUAUGAUUUGGGGGGCCUAUUUGUAAAGGCAUGAUAGUAGUUUGCAGUGUGAGAAGGACAUGAGAUUUGGAGGGGUCAGGGUGGGAUGGUAUAGUUCGGAUAUUUGACCCAAUCCAAAUCUCAUGUUGAAUUAUAAUCCCCAGUGCUGGAGAUGGGGCCUGGUUUGAUGUGUUUGGAACAUGUAAGUGAAUUCCUCAUGGCUUAAUGCUAUCUUCAUGAUAGUGAGUGAGUUCUCCUGAUAUAGUCAUUUAAAAGUGUUUGGCACCUCCCCCGGACUCUGUCUCUCUUGCUCCUGCUCUGUGAUAUGAGACACUUGCUCCCCCUUUGCCUUCCACCAUGAUUAGAAGCUUUGUGAGGCCUCCUCAGAACCCGAACAGAUGCCAGUGCCAUGCUGCCUGUACAGCCUGCAGAACCAUGAGCCAAUUAAACCUCUUUUCUUUAUAAAUUACCUAGUCUCAGAUAUUUCUUUACAGCAAUGUAAGAAUGGCCUAAUACAAUAGCCUAAACCAGUUUGAGGGAGGUAAUGUGUCUUUUGCUACACAAAGUAUGGUUCAUGGACCAACAGCAUUGGCAUCACCAGGAGGUUGUCAGAAGUACAGACUUUCAGUUCCCAUCCCAGACCUAAUAAAUCAGACUCUCCAAAAAGUCUGGGGAGCACUGCUCCAGCCAAUCACCUGUGGUAGAAUUCUGUCUGCCUGACCAGCAUCCAUUCUCCUUUAAGUAAGAACUCCUAGCUUCUACUCUAGGGAACUUUCCAUCUCCCACACUCAGAUCUAGGGUUCAGAUGUGGUUAACCUAGCCCUCUGUGGCCAGAGGAAGGCACAUGACCCAGGCUUGGCCAAUGACAGCACCUCAUGACCCAGCCAGAGUGACUGAUUCAACAAAGAGGAUGUAAUAUGAGCCAAGCCAAUGAGAUUUAGCCCUGGUACUUGUGGGAAAGAAAUGCUCUCCUUCCUGAGUUUGCUGAGUUGGUAAGAUACUCAUCUAGAGCUGCCAUCUUUUCACUACCUGAGAAUGAAGCCAACAUUGGAAAAUGGAGCUGAGAAAUGAAAGCAGUCCUAACGACUUCAUUUAUCCACUUGUUAACAGAUCUAAAUCCUCAGCUUUUUAGUAAUUCAAGCCAGUAUAGUCUUCAUUUUCCUUGGCCAGUUCGAACUGGAUGUCUACUAGUUACAAUUGAAGGAAUCCUGAUAUAUCAGCAUCUUUCUGUCCCUGAAGUUCAUUAGGCUCAAUCUGAAUUUUUGAUGUUUCCUUUUCCUCUCUUCUUUGCCUGUGUUUAAUCCAUUUUGCAUUGCUAUAAAGGAAUACCUGAGACUCGGUAAUUUAUAAAGAAAAGAGGUUUAUUUGGCUCAUAGUUCUGCAGGCUAUACAAGCAUGGCACCAGCAUCUGCUCAGCUUCUGGUGAGGCUGCAAGAAACUUUAGCUCAUGGCAAAACGCACAGGGAGAGCAGGUGUGCCAUAUGGUGAGAGAGGGAGUGAGAGAGGGAGCAAGAGAGAGGGGAGGGAGAUUCUCUCUCUUUUUUUUUUUUAGCAAUUAGAUCUCGUGGUAACUAAUAAAGUGAGAAAAGGACACCAAGCCAUGCAGAAGGGAUUUACCCCCAUGACUCAAACACCUCCCACUAAGUCUCACCUCCAGUGUUGGAGAAUACUUGGGGGACAAAUAUCCAAACUAUAUUGCUGCUUUGUAAACCAGUUUAGAGGGUUCACAGUUUGCCUCCUUCAGAUUUGCCCUUCCUUGAGACCUUCCCAGCUAGCUUCCCACACAUACUGCUCACCCGAGCCCACCAAUGAAUUUCUGCAUCCAGGUGGCUAAUGGUUCCAUACUUACCCUUCAGCCAUGACCAGUUUUGUGUCCAUCUCUGUCCUCCCUCUUUUUGCCUAGGUGACAACCACUCAACCUCUAGAUGUACCCUGCUACAAGUGGGAUGCCCUUGUUAUAUAUUCUUAUAGCAUCACCUGUCUUCCCUUCAUGGCACUUAUAUUUGUAAAUAUAUUCAUGCUGAAGAUCACUGCUUGAAGGCCGUGGAGUGGAUGGUUCAAAUGUACACCCCUGUGUCAGACUAUCUGGGCAAGCUAUAUGACCUUGGGCAAGUUUCUCAAGCUCUCUGUACAUCAAUUUCCUUAUUUAUAAGGUGAAGCCACUAAGAUUACCCCCUCAGGGUGUGAUUUUGUUAUUCUAUAUAAAGUACCAAGAACAUGCCUGGCACAUACUAGCCACCGUGUAUGAGUGAUAGCUAUUAUUAUUGUACAUGGGAUUAUUUGAUGUUUGUAUCCCACCCCCCAUCAGACAUGAAGAAAUAGAUGUGCUUUUCAUCACCAUUUUACACAAAGAAAAAGGCCAGGCUGGGCAUGGUGGCUCACACUUGUAAUUCCAGCUUUUUGAGAGGCCGAGGCAGGUGGAUUUCCUGAGCUUAGGAAUUCGAGACCAGCCUAAGCAGCAUGACAAAACACCGUAUCUACAAAGAAAGAAAAUAACUAGCUGGGUGUGGUGGUGUGUGCCUGUGGUCCCAGCUACUAAAGAGGCUGAGGUGGGAGAAUCACUUGAGCCCCGAAGGUCAAGGCUACAGUGAGCCAUAAUUGUGCCCCUGCACUCCAACUUAGGUGACAAAGUGAGACCCUGUCUCAAAAAAAAGAGGGCAGCCAGGCAUGGUGGCUCAUUCCUGUAACACUAGCACUUUAGGAGGCUGAUGCAGGAGGAUUGCUUGUGGCCAGGAGUUCAAGACCAGCCCGGACAACAUAGCAAGACCCUAUCUCUACAGAAAAUUUUUAAAAAUUAGCUAGAAAUGGUGGUAUGUGCCUGUAGUCCUAACUAUUUUGGAGGCUGAGGUUGGAGGAUUGCUUGAACCUGGGUUUGAGGCUGCAGUGAGCCAUGAUCAUGCCACUGCACUCCAGCCUUGAGCAAAAAAGCAAUACUCUGCCUCUAAUAACUAAAUAAAAAGGAAAGUAGUCUAGGCGUGGUGGUUGAUACCUUUAACACUAGCACUUUGGGAGGCUGAGUCAGGCAGAUCACCUAAGGCCAGGAGUUUGAGACCAGACUAGGCAGCAUAGCAAAAUUCCAUCUCUACCAAACAAAAAACAAACAGGAACAAAAAUUAGCUGGGUGUGUUGGUGCAUGCCUGUAGUCCCAGAUACUCUAGAGGCUGAGGUGGGAGGAUUGCCUGAGCCCAGGAGGCAGAGGUUGCAAAGACCCUGUAUCAGGAAGGGAGGAAGAAAGGGAGGGAGGGAAAAAAAGAAGGAAAGGAUAGGAAGGAAGGAAAGAAAAGAGAAGCAGCUAAUGAAUACUGAAUAUUUUGACAGUUGCCUCUUAAGUGCUCUAGAAGCUUCUGGAAGGAAGGAAUCUUGUGCAUUAAAAAGAAAAAAUCUUAUCCAGUCUUCAGCACUGUGCCUGGCACAUUAAUUCCUUUCCUCUUUUCUACUCACUGCCAAAUGGGCUAUUGCCACUCACUUGAUAUGCAAACACUGGCUGUCUGGUAUGGAAAAAUAUUUUUCUGGCUGUAGACUUGAGUUUGAUUACCAAAUUGAUUUCUGUGAAUUAGAUUUCCAUUCUGUGCAGAACUUUUUGACAGCCCUUUUCUUUAAUCACCAUGUAUCCAAUAAAUAUUUAUUAAAGACAUAUUCUGUGCCAGACACUGUGUGAGGCACUUGUGAUUCCGGGAUAAAAGAAGGCGAAACUGGUGCUUACAUAACUCAAUUUCUAAUGCAGCAUUCAUUGGCAUUGUUAAUUAAUAUCUUUGCUACUUUCUGUGUGUAAUUAGUAUAAAGAUAAGAUAACUGUGACAUGAGUAUCAAAUUAGAAUUCCUGCAACAGAAACUACAACUAAAACCAUGGGUGUAUUUAUGGGUGGUUAAGAUUCCCUAAGUUAGCCAGGCAGGGUGGCACAUGCCUAUAGUCCCAUGUACUUGGGAGGCUGUGACGAGAGGAUCACUUGAGCCUAGAAGUUUGGGUUCAGCCUAGCUGACAUAGUGAGACACCAUCUAUUUAAAAAAAAAAAAAAAACUGGGGUGCUGAGGCGGGCAGAUCACAAGA